CAUCAUCACCACUAUCAUCCCCGCUGCUGCGCCUGUGAUUCGACUGGCAUCCUCGCUGAGAUCCGCCACCAGGACGGUGCGCUCGCCUAGUGCAAUCGAGGUGUCGUGUCACUUGACAGGGAAGCCGACCUCUAGGGGCUAGGAGAGCGCACAGCGGCGCAUUCAGAGCAGCUCUGCACUAUGGCUGGUUCAAGGAGUGCUUCCGGCAGUCGAAAUCCGAGCGGCCGGAACGGAAGCCGUCGCAGUGGCGGCAUCAGUGACGAAAACAUAGACAGCAAAGCUCACAUCGCCUCUCGUUCGAGCGGCACCACGCGAGCAUCGUCCUUCGCACCCCUCAUGGACUCGAGCUCGAGCAAUCGUCAGCGCGCCGCCGGCCCGUCUUCGCGGAGCGCUCGCCAGGCCACAAAAGAAGAGCGGCACGACGACUCUCUUGAUGCUAGCGGCAGUAGCAGAAGUCAAGUUCGCCGCAGUCACAGGCCCACUUCUGAUGGAAGGCUGGAAAGUCAGGACGACGAACUGGACUCGAGCCAGAGGCACGAGGAAGAAGAUCAGACACGCACCGACGAAGAACAUUCAGACGGCGAGGAGCAGAGAGCGGAGAAGCGUCCUCUGAGAAGAGUUGCUCAACAGUCCGGCACCAGCAAGAGAAGGCGUCUCACGGGUGACUCUGCAGAAGGGUCUGCACCACAAGGCUCUAGGAGAAUCGUUAGCCACAGUCCAUCGUCCGUCGGUGACACUUCGCACAAUAGAAGUCAUGAAGAAGGCAAUGAAGAAGGAGGGGAGGACGAUGAAGAAGGGGAAGGAGAUGAAGAAGAUGAAGACGACGGAAGAGCAAGACGCCAUCAAGUUGAGGCUCGCCAUCGUCGCCAUCUGAACGCCCCUGCUUUCAAGCGAGACAGCGAUGGCUUCGUGCAUGGGUCCAUCGUCCGAGUGAAGCUGACAAACUUCGUCACCUAUGACGACGUCGAGUUCUUUCCCGGGCCGCACCUCAACAUGAUCGUGGGUCCCAACGGCACCGGAAAGAGCACGAUCGCGAGUGCCCUAUGUCUCGGUCUCGGCUGGAAGCCUCACAUCUUGGGUCGUGCAAACGAUGUUGCCUCUUAUGUCAAGCAAGGCGCAGAGAACGGCUCGACAGAAGUUGAGCUCAAGAAUGUGGAUGGCCCCAACUUUGUCAUUGGCAGGUCAAUCACGCGUGCUAGCAGCACCUCGCUCUGGUCUCUUAAUGGCAGAGCCUCGUCCGCCAGGGCCAUCAGCGAGCUAGUCGAGAGGCUUGGCAUCGAUAUGGGCAACCUCUGCUGCUUUUUGCCGCAAGACCGAGUAGCAGAUUUUGCCAGGAUGUCGCCGCCCGAGCUGCUCCGUGAGACCCAAAAGGCCGCUGGGAGCCCCGCGAUGCUCGCUUGGCACGACCAGCUCAUCGAUCUGGGCCGACAGGCUGCUUCCGCCAGCAAGGCGAUUGCGACUGAGAGGGAGGAGUGCGUCAACCUAGAGAAUCGAAACGAGCAAAUGGAGAGGGAUGUACGGCGUGCGGAGCGGCGUCACGAGCUGGAGAUCCAGCUCAAAGUCUUGGCCAUUCGAAUCGCAAUCGCCGAGUACACCGAGGCGCAAGUGCGGUACAAGAAGUACAAAGACCUGCGAAACAAACACAAGGACACUUUCAACCAAUUAAAGGACAUCCUCAGUCCGCUCGAUGAAAAGCUAGAGUCAGUCGGAAACGUCAGCGAGAAGCUCAAACUAAAGAUCAACGACGUCUCUAAAGCCAUAGAAACGCUGAUUCGGGACCUGAAGAGGAUUCAUCGAGCCCACGAAUCGCUGACGACCGAAUACGAGACCACGCAGGACAAGCAGUCGACCUUGAAGGCAAAGGAAGAGCAGCGAAGAAAGGUGAUCGAGAGGCUUGCGCGCGAUAUUGAGGAGCUUCAACAGGACAUCGGCGAGCAGCCUGAUGUCGGGGACACAUCUGCUAUUGACGCCGAGUUGAGAAACCUCAGGGAGGCUGCACGAGGGAUUGAAGAGUCGUUGAGCGACAAGAGCAACGAGCUCGACGACCUACACAGUACCAUGAGGCAAUUGCAAAACAAGAAGACGGCGACUCUGCAAGAUCUCGGUCGUAUGGACAACGUCAAAGAACGUCGACUUGCGGACCUGGAGAAGAAAGAUGCCCAUACCGCCAAGGCCGUCCGAUGGCUUCGCAAGAAUCAGCACCUGUUUGAGAAGAAGGUCCAUGAGCCAAUCAUGCUUGAACUCUCUGUGCCAAACCCAGAAAAUGCGGCGGCGGUCGAGGCUGUGAUUAAUUGGAACCUCAUGAGGACGUUCGUCUGUGAAACGCGGGCCGACUAUGACACCUUCUACAGGCUGGUAAAGGCUGAGGGAUUCCGGGUCAACGCGUAUGAAUGGGGUGACGGCAAAAGCCUUGAAGCCUUCUUGCAAGAGCGACCUCAGGGAGCAGAGCAGAAGAUCCGCUAUCUCGGCUUCGACUCUUACCUCUUUGAUAUGAUCGAGGGACCCGAUGCAGUGCUCCGCUGCCUCUGCCACAAGACAAACCUGCACCUGAUUCCCGCGACGAGACGAACGAAUGUCGACCCGGACGCCGUGCAAAACUCGGAGAUUUGCCGUCGCUACAUCAUUGGUACCCAACAAUACAACGUCUCUCGCUCCGAGUAUGGCUCGCGUCAAUUUUCUAUGACCUCUCAAAGCUUCAAGCCGGCCCGCAUCUUCACACUCUCUGUUGACAUCAAUCUCAAGCGCAAGCUCGAUGCCGAGAUGAGGCAGAUUGCCGAGCAGACGAGCGAAAUAGAGGCGCAGAGCUCGGCCGCGGACAAGGAGGUCAAGAAGCUUAAGGAGCGUAGAGAGAAGGCCAAAGCUCGCCAGGAAGAGCUCAAGGGCCAGAAAAUUGAUGCGAACAAGGCGCGCACACAGUGGGAGAAAAGGAGGGUGACGUUGGCCACGAAGCGUAACCUUCUGGAAGAGGAAAUUAAGAAACCUACGGCGCAGGUUGAGCAAGAGCGGUUGACCCAGCGGCUUCGCAAGCUCAACAAUGACAUGAUUGGGCACGCCAGAAAAAUGAAGGAUUUGAUGGUCGUGCAAGUGCAAAGGCGACAGGAGUACGAGCUUCUAAUGCUGGACCUCGCUCAAAACAAGAGCAAGUACGAAAGCCUGAGGAGUCUGAAAAAGCACAAUCAAGACUUCCUCAAAGAUGCGCAGGAUGCUCUUGAGAAAGCUGCCGAACAAUUGACAAAGGCCAAAGAACAUGCGAUACGCUGCCGUGCAGAGGCGUCUCAAUUGGUGGGCGACUCGGACGAGGAAGUGGUCCGGAGAAACGAAGAAGAGGAUGCAAAUCCGUCCCGUAGAGAUCGGCCGCUGCACGAGAUUCAACACGAGCACAUGGAGGUAUCGGUCGAGAUAGAAUCCACUGUUGAGAUCAGUCCAGGCAUCAUGGAGGCGUACAACCGGCGCAAGAACGAGAUCAAAAAGCUUCAGGCUAGUAUCUUGAAGCGUGACCGUGACAAGGCGAAGCUCGACAGCGACAUCAAGAAGCUCGAGGAGCUCUGGCUGCCGGCGUUGGACGUGAUCAGGGACUCGGUCAACAACAACUUCACGCGCGCCUUCAGCAAGCUUGGCUGUGCGGGCGAAGUGCAUAUUUCGCGAAACGAUGACUAUGAGAAGUGGGGAAUGGACAUUCUGGUCAAAUUCCGCGACACGGAGCAGCUCCAGCUCCUCACCGCUCAACGUCAAUCUGGAGGCGAAAGGUCACUCUCGACGAUUCUGUACCUCAUGAGCUUAUUGGAGCUGUCUCGUUCACCCUUUUCGCUCGUCGACGAGAUCAACCAGGGUAUGGACCAGCGAGCAGAGCGAGCGGUUCACGACCAGAUGGUCGAUGUUACUUGCCGAGAAGGAGCUGGACAAUACUUUCUCAUUACGCCCAAGCUGCUCCCGCAUCUCAAGUACCACGACCUCAUGCGUGUCCUCAUCAUCAACAAUGGGGAAUGGCUACCCGAGACCUUCAGCUUCUCGCACUACAUUGGCGCGCGCAAGCGGAAACGAGGAGUGGGUGACGGCGCCGUCAAUGGCUUCGGUGGCCGCGUCGUUGCCUCAGCUUCGUAACGCCUCUCUUUUCCUUUCUUUUCUCUCUCGCUAUCGGGUCUCUGUGUUACCAUUGUUGUAUUUUCGCUCGCGAGACCAUUCAUCGGUACAAAUACCAUCCGCCAAGCACCCUCCCGACCAGGGCUUUGGUCUUCAUUUGG